CUACUCUGCUGCCUUCUGCUGGGACUUUUUUUUUGGGUGAGAGAGUCGGCGAGGGAGGGACCACUUCCUUUCCAAUGCUCGCAAAGUUUGUUGUGGAAAUCGGAACCGGCCCGGACGGUGAGGGAGCUCCCCCACUCUUCUGUCGGCGCUGUGAGGCCAACUGUAAACUGCUAGAUGUGGGAAGAUGUUGUCCACAGAGAGAGGAGUUGUUGAGGAAUGGUUAUCGGAGUUUAAGAGUCUACCCGAAGCGUCCAUUACAAGUUAUGCUGUCAGUUUGAAAGAGAAGACGUCUUUGGUAGCUGCGUUGUAUGAAGUGAUUCAGGAGCCUCAGAGCGAGUUUUUGGAGCCAGUCUGCCACCAGCUCUUUGAGUUCUACAGAAGCAGAGAAAAGCGCCUGAGAACAUUCACACUUCAGUUCCUGCCAGAGCUCAUAUGGUGCUACCUAUCUGUGUCCACCAGCAGAGACCUGCAGAGCAGUGGAUGUAUCGAAGCUCUGCUUCUCAGCAUCUACAGGAUUUAUAUAGCGCCAACAGAAAUUAUGGAUGAUCAGGGACACAGCAAGAUCUUGUCUUUUACAAUUCCAUCCUUGUCAAAGCCAUCAGUGUUUCAUGAGCCAUCUAGCAUAGGAUCCAUGGCAUUAACAGAAGGAGCUCUUUCACAGCAUGGACUAAGCAGGGUUGUGUACAGUGGGCCUCAUCCCCAAAGAGAGACGCUAACAGCUCAGAACAGAUUUGAAGUACUGGCGUUUCUCCUACUCUGUUAUAAUUCUGCCUUAAACUUCAUGCCAGCUCUUUCCCUCCGAUCCCUGUGUCAAAUGUCAUCCCGACUUUGCCUCAGUGGAUAUCCUCGCCAAAAUGCAAGAAAAUACAAAGGUGUGAAGAAUAGAAUACCGGUUUCCCCUGAGUUUAUGGUCCAGCUUCUUACCGGAAUUUACUACUCGUUCUAUAAUGGAGAAUGGGAUUCUGCACGUAGGGCACUGGAUGAUGUUCUGUACAGGGCACAGCUGGAACUGUUCCCAGAGCCUCUUCUGGUUGCAAAUGCAAUAAAGGCUUCAUUGCCCCAAGCUGCUAUUAAGGGAACUAAGGAAGGCACUAAAAGUAUACAGGUUGAAAUUGCUCCAACCUCAUCUAGGAUAUCUAGGAAUGCUGUCACAAGUAUGUCUAUUAGAGGCCACAGGUGGAAGCGAAAUGAUUCCGCAGAGUUAACUCUUCCGGAUGAGCUAUCUGAAAUAGCCGAGGUGGACGAAGGCUUCUGUUCCAGGGCAGCCUCAAGCUCAAGCCAGUCGGCCAUGUCUCACAGCAGCAGCAGUAGCUUCAGUAGGCCGCCUUUGGGUAAAGCCCAGAGGAGAUCUCUUGGAUCCAGGGCCGGGGGUAAAGAAAGGGAAUCUACAGGUGAUCCUUGCCGUGAGCAUCUUUGUAGGAAGCAGAACCAGAGAGCUAUGAGUGAGAAUCUAGAGCUAGUAUCUCUGAAGAGGCUCACUCUGACAACUAGCCACUCGCUACCCAAACCUGGCAGCUAUAGUCUUGCACGGACUGCAACAACUGUAUUCAGUAAAUCCUUCGAACAGAUGAGUGGAGCAGCUCCUGUACACAAUGUCACAGGUGUCAACACUGCUGGCACAGGCACUAAUGUGGAAACAAAUCGGUUUAGUGCAUGCAGCCUACAAGAAGAGAAACUGGCAUACAUAUCUGAAAGGACUGAGCUUGUCAUGCCUGGCAAAAGCCACCAGAGAUCCCCUAGUAUCUGCAUAACUCUGUCUACUGACUAGACCUGGAGAGGAAAAGCCAUAAACAAGAAAACAAAACAAACCGUUCCCUAUUACCCUAAAUUGGAAUCGGAACUCAAUGGAGCAGCUUAUAUAAGGGACUGACUUGUAGUUUACCAAAGUUUUUACAUGUUACCUUAUUUGAAACGUUUAGCAAUUUAUAUAAAUUGGAUAAGUGACAAGCCAUAACUUAACAUUUUUGGAUAUGUCAGGUGUGUAUACAUCACAC